CAAAUUGUUAAUGAAAAAAUUGACAGAAUAACAAAAGAAAUUGAUCUUAGUGAACAAAAAUAUGAAGAACUUGAACGACAAAAACAUGAACUCGAAUUACAAAAACGUGAAAAUGAAAAAAAACUUAAAGAUCUUGAAGAUGAACGAACCGAUCGAAAUAAUCAAUUAAAUCGACUUCAACAAAAAUUAGUUGCAACUGAAGAUUUAUUUAAUCGUGUUGAUAUUAAAAUAAAACAAUUUGAAAGUUUACGUGAACAACAAUCAGCUAAUGUUGAAUCACUUGAAAGUGAAAAAAAUCGUUUAGAAGAACAAAAAAUGAAACAAACUGAUGAAGCUAAUGCAAUACGUGAACAAAAAGAAGCUGCUAUUCAAGAACGACAAACAGCUGAAACUGAACAUAAAGAAGCUGAAAAAGCUUUAGCUAAUGCUAAACAAAGAGAACGUGAAUUAAAAAAUCAAUAUGAAAAAGCAAUUAAUGAUGAAAAUCGAAUAAAAGCACAACUUUCACGAGCUAUUCUGGAAGAAAAUACAGCUAAAAGUGAAAUGCAAGCAGCACAUGCGAAAAUGAAACGAGCAGAACCUAUGGAAACAAUGUGGAAUUUAGUCGGUACAGUUUUACCAACUUUAGGUGGUUUUGCUCAAAGUGAAGCGCAAAAAGCAAGUAGAGCUCGUGCUGAAUAUGAUAGAGCACGUGAAAAAUAUGAAAAAAAACAAGAAAAAGUAAGUGAACUUCGAGAUAAAUAUGCUACUGCUCAAGCACAUACAAAAGAUGCUGCUAAUUUACAUAUUGCAGCAAAACAAGAAUCGGCAAGACGACAAACAAAUGCUCAAACUAAUUUUGGAAAGUUUAAUGCAUGUAAAGCAAAAGCAGAACGUUUAAUUGAAGAACAUCGAAGCGUUGUUCGAAAACAACAAGCUACUGAAACAAGUUUUCGUAUGGUUACAAUUCAAUUACAAAAAGCUCAAGCACAACUUGCUUCAACCACAACUGAAAUUGCACGUUAUGAACAAGAAAAAGCAACACAUACAACUCAAAUUAACGAAAUUAAAUCAAAUAUUGAUGAUAAAAAAGAAGAUAUUCAAAGACAUCAAAGAACAAUUGAUGCUCAUCGAUUAGUUAUGGAUGAAAAUAAAAAUGCUUUAUCGGAUAAAGAUCUUGCAUGUCAACAAGAAAAAGUUAAAUUACAACUUCUGAAAGGUAUAUAUUAA